GAUAAGAAGACAAUAAGAAAACUAGAAAUCAAAAGCAAAGAAUAUUUUUUUAAAGAAAAAUGUUUACGUGCAUAGCGUGCACAAAGCAGAUGGCGGACGGAGGGGAAGAAGUAGGAGCGCGUGGAAGUGGCGCGCCUAGCUCUAAAGAAGUUGUCAAAAGCCUCACCACGCAGAUCAAGGAUAUGGCUUUGAAAUUUUCAGGAGCUUACAAGCAAUGCAAGCCCUGCACAGGCUCCAGCACCUUCAAGAAGGGAACUCGACCGUAUCCGGAUUUCGAUGCUGCUUCGGAAGGGGUUCCGUACCCCUACAUGGGUGGAAGCAGUAGUUCAACACCUGCGUGGGACUUCACCAGUGCCAGUCAUCAUCAUCCAGGAAGAUUCACUGGGGUAUUCACUGGUGAUACAACUCCUGCCUACAGAGAGUCGUUCUCGGCCAAGGAUCUGGUGUUGGAAGAUGAGGAUGAGCCUAAGGAAUGGAUGGCACAAGUGGAACCUGGGGUUCAUAUAACUUUUGUCUCCCUUCCUAAUGGAGGAAACGAUCUUAGACGUAUUCGGUUCAGUCGGGAGAUGUUCAACAAAUGGCAAGCGCAACAGUGGUGGGGUGAGAAUUAUGAUAGAAUCAUGGAGCUCUAUAAUGUACAGAGAUUCAAUCGUCAGGCAUUACAUACUCCCCCGAGGUCUGAAGAUGAGACGCAAAGGGAUUCGUGUUAUUCAAGGAUGGGAUCAGCAAUGGAAAGUCCCAUGCCUCGUUGGACACCCAGAAACAACUAUAAACCUUAUAGUGCGGGGCCUAGUUGUUUUUGUCCCGGUAGCACAAGAGGCGAUGCAUCAUCGUUCGAUGCUGCAAGAACGACGACCUCGUCGAGAGAUGAACCUUCUUUUUCAGUCAGCAAUGCCAGUGAAAUGGAGGCAGAAUGGGUUGAACAAGAUGAACCCGGGGUUUACAUUACCAUCAGACAGUUGGCUGAUGGCAGCAGGGAACUCCGGCGUGUCAGAUUCAGCCGAGAAAGAUUCGGAGAAGUAAAUGCAAAGCAGUGGUGGGAGGAGAACAGAGAUAGGAUACAAGCACAAUACCUUUAAAUGUAUAACAGUAUCGCACCAGAGUUACAAAUGGGAAGAUCUAAAUGUGUUGUGC